AUGGAUCCACUUUAUGGAUGGAGUUCUCUUACUUCUUCUUCAUCAUAUUCCUCCUCCUCUGAAUCUUCUUUGUCUCCCAGAAAUGCAGAGACAACAAAAGGACCGUGGAGUGCGGAGGAAGACCAGAUCCUCACCCGGAUGGUGGAGCAAUACGGGGCCCAAAACUGGUCCUUGAUCAGCAAGUACAUAAAGGGUCGGUCAGGGAAAUCUUGUAGGCUGAGGUGGUGCAACCAGCUCAGCCCGACGGUGGAGCACCGCCCAUUUUCCGCGGCGGAGGAUGAGACCAUCUUGGCGGCGCAUGCACAGUACGGCAAUAGAUGGGCCACCAUUGCUCGGUUGCUCACCGGGCGUACGGAUAAUGCGGUGAAGAACCGCUGGAACUCGACUUUGAAAAGAAAAUACCAGCACAAACAAGUACUUGAAAAAUCAACUGAUGGUACAAAAAAUGUAGCUUCUGGGUCUAGAAUGUGUCCUGUGAGUAAUGAUUUUGAUGAAGAAUAUGAUCCGAUGACGUCAUUAUCCUUGGCACUGCCGGGGGUUGGGCGGUGA